GACGAGUACCGUUUAUAAGUUGGUUUUCUUGCGCACAAGUUCCAAGUAACUUUGCGAUCACCAUAAUUGGCAUCUUCUAAAAUUCGAAUUCGAUUAUAUGUGGAGACUUUUUCAGUACACCAUCCAUCGCGCACCACUAUUGUCAAAGACAUUGCGUAGAAGGAACAUACACGUCAUGUACUAUGACCUGCAGGACUCAGAGCAGUCACACUCUCCUCCUGCCAAACGACCAAUCACCGAAGUGCAAGCAGGGAUCUCAGAGUCCUUCAAACGCGCUAGGAUUGAACAUGAGGAGCCCGAGAAGACAUUAGAUGCAACCGAACAUGAAGGUCCUUCUGACACUCCCGCCGCUGAUAGGAAACAGGGAAAGCGGGAUGCAGCGGGCUGGGCGAAAUCUAGGCGGGGAAAGGCCAAAGAUACGAAGAACAAGGGACGCAGACGUGGGACGCGUGAUCAAGAUAAGGAUGGUGAAAAAGAGGGUGAGGAACAGAGCCCUAGAGCCCCGCGCCUGCCUAAGAAACAGAGCGCAUUGCUUAUCGGGUUCUGCGGGACGGGAUGCAAUGGAAUGCAAAUACAACCCGACGUGCGGACGAUCGAAGGUGUCCUGUUCGACGCACUCGUGCGUGCGGGAGCAGUCUCAUCAGACAAUGCAGACGACCCCGUGAAGGUAAAUCUAGGGCGGGCUGCACGUACCGACGCAGGUGUCCACGCAGCUGGCAACCUGGUGUCUAUGAAAUUGAUCACCGCGAUUCCUGGGGUGAAAGACUGGGUGGCACGUGUAAACGAAGAACUCCCACAAGAGAUUCGUGUUUGGGGCUCCGUCCGCGUGCAAAAUUCAUUUAACGCUCGCAUGUCUUGCGACAGCCGCAAGUACACAUACUUCUUCCCGUCGUAUCUCCUUAUACCUCCAAAGCCUGGGUCAGGAUUUCAGCGUGCAUAUGAAAAACACGCACAGUCCAUGCAUGGCGUUGUCCCUCUAGAUGCUUCCGCUCAUUCCUUCUGGAGUGCACCUGAAUCUCAUUCUUCCACCCCUAUGGAUGACCUCCUACGCAAGCGCUCGUGGAGGAUAAGUUCAGACCAGGUAGAGCUCAUCCGUCGGGCUGCAAAUAAGUUCGAAGGGACGCAUAACUUUCAUAACUUUACCGUUGGACGCGAGUUUGGAGAUCGCAGUAAUCAGCGGCAUAUGUGGAAAAUUGAGAUAUCUGACCCUGCGGUCUAUGGAGACACUGAGUGGAUAAGUGUCCUCUUCCAUGGGCAGAGCUUUAUGUUACAUCAGCGUUUGUACUUUGGUAGCAGUGAUACGAUGACAAAUUGGUCGCAGCGCAAAAUGAUGUCCGCUCUUGUCUUGUCUUGUAGAACAAGUACACCAAGUCAAGUCAUCGACGAGCUAUACGGGCCGCGCAUGGUCAUGAUCCCAAAGAUGCCUGCUCUUGGUCUCUUGCUGGAGUACCCAAUAUUUGACUCAUAUAACAAGAAAGUUACUUCGAUCAACGAGAAGCUCGAGCCUUCUCAUCCAGAUUACCGACCUAAAAUUGAUUUCGAAAAACACAGAGAGUCUAUCGAUGCAUUUAAACAAACCUUUAUUUAUGAUAAUAUGCGGUGCAUUGAGGACCGCGACGGGGUGUUUGAUGCGUGGAUGCGCUCAAUCGACUCAUAUGGAGGUGAUGAUCUGCUGUAUUUGAACCCGAAAGGUAUCAUUCCUGCGUCUGCCGUUAUAAAGAAGGGAGAGAAGAGAGAGAAUCCAUUCAAGGAGAAGAGAAAGUUUGACUUGACGAGUUUCCCUGAUAAACAAGGUACCCCGACUAUCGAAGACGACGAGGAGACAGAGAGCAAACUCAAUAAAUCCCGCCUGGAGGACAUGGAGGGCUAAGUAGUAGCUGUGUUUCCUAUCUUAUAUUACUUGCAAGAUUAGUGCACAAUCGAUGUACAUUAUGCGAGAUGGUGGAGACAAAUUGGCGGAUGCGAU